UCGAGCGAAGUAGCUGAUUAAAGCUUGUGAACCCAGUAUCACCUGCACUGCGAUCAUUUAGGUUACUUGAACCAGGAAUGACUCAGUUGCAGCAGGAAUCAUCUGGUUCCGGAGCAGGAGCCGUCGUGGCAACCGUGGGCUGUUCUGUUCUUGGAAUGAUGCUUGCAGGCCCCGUGGGCGCCGUGAUUGGCGGCACCCUGGCGAUCGCGGCCACCGCGGGCACGGCGCACCGGGCGCGGCAUGCCCGGAUGGAGCUGAACAUUUCCAGCAUCAGCAUGCCACAAGAUGGAAUCACCCGCCAGGAGGGCGUGACAUACUUUGCUCUGGAUGUCGUGGAUACCAAGGGUGCCACCUGGAGGGUGUUGAGACGCUACAACCACUUUGAUCGCUUCCGAAAGACCCUGCGUCGAUGUGGAGUUCGGAAACCUUUCCCAGGAAAAUUGUGGCUGGGCUGCGAGGGCGCUCGGCUCCGUGAGCGACGUCUGGGACUUGAGACCUGGACCCGGGAAGUGGUGCGGAUCUACUCCGCCUCGGGAGUUCCAGGCCGCCUGGAGUCGGAGUUCAAUGAUUUCUUCACGCGUGGACGUGGGCAAGUGACCAUGGUCAACCAGCCUGGUGACACCGCGCUGCCCGAGGGGAGCUUCCCUAUCGAAGUGCCGGCAGGUGUGGUGCCUGGCCAACAACUCACUGUGAAAAACCCGGUGGAUGGGUCGAGCUUCAAUAUCAUCGUGCCCGAGGGCAUGGGGCCUGGAUCUGUCCUGCAAGUGCAACCGCCCCCAGCCGCCAGUGGAGCCGGUUCAGUACCAGAUGCCACGGUGUGUCCAACACCCAAAGGCAGCUUCAGAGAAGCUGAUGCCGCUGAGCCGCAGACGACGCUGUUGAGCAUUGCGGUUCCUCCCGGAGUUCUGCCUGGACAGACCCUGGCUGUGAAGGUCCCAGAUGGACGAGAACUUCACGUCGUGGUGCCGAAGGAUGCAGGGCAGGAGCUGCAGCUCGAGUUAGAUGCUGCCAGUGGCACGCUGGCAGUGCUGGGCGCAGGGUCAGCCCCUGCGACUUCCUCGGGCAGUGAUGAUAUCUUCCAAAUUCACGUUCCUUCCGGCGUUCAACCCGGACAGAUGGUGAACAUUCAGGUUCCAGAUGGCAGGCAUUUGCCCUUCACGGUGCCAAUGGGCAAACAACCAGGAGACGAGCUUCUGCUCUGCUUGGAUACAACUCGAAGUAGGCUCCUCCUUGCACAGAGCUGAGAUGAGCAAAUAGUUCUCCUGGCUUUUGCGUUUAGGCCUAAUUAGUGAACAUCACGACUGCCACCUGCUGUUUCAUGGAGCAAGUGCACUUGUGUUGUGUCCAAGCUAUAUGGC